UUACCUGGUACCGGCGUGCGGCGUGCCCCUGCGGGCGCUGGGCGGCUGUCAAGCCGUGCUGGAGCCCCUGCUGAAAUCUCGCUGCUCGCUUCGUUUCCUGAGCGUACGGGACACCAAAUGCGGUCGCUCGUGCAAGUUUUUCAGCAGAACAGUUGCUUUAAAGCAGUUCCAUCAACCGUCCGGGCUGCGCGGUGCCAAUGCCCCGUCCUUUGCAGGGGAGCUGAGAACGGCUGCUCCCUUCCGUAACUGUUGAAAAAAAUGCGAGAUUAGUGUGUUGACACAGCUCUUCCGUAGUCUAUGCUUAAAAAUCUCAUAAGCAAAACUUUUUAGAAUUAAAGCAUUAUUAUCUGAAAGUCUUUUUUGCGUUGUAGGGCACGUGUUUCUUGGAGACUUUCUGUGCUAAGUGAAAUCUCGAGAAAACUCUCCAGUAUCUUCUAGGUUUAGUCCUGUUUCAGAGCUAUAGUGUCAAGCAGUAGAAAUAGGCUUACAGAGAACAUGUUUACCUUGACUGACGUAUUAAGAUGCGGCAGCUGGGAGAGUAGUCAGUCUUGGUUUCAAAACAGGCCACUUCAAACAGGCAGUGCCCGUACUAAACCUGCUGUUAAGGCUCACUGCAGAUCUAGGUAGGAGUUCUGCUAUUUUUUUCUGCGUGUUUUUUGCAGAAAAAAAAAAAAAAGUUACUGCCUUCUAGUGCCACCAAGCGGACGUCUUUACUUGCCAAUAAAAGCUUUCUUAAAAUUAUCGUUAUUUCAACAGUUAUGUUCAACUUUUAUGGAUGUUUACUGCUAAGUGCCACUUCAGAUGCUGAAGUAUUUUUUCUGAAUCAAAUAAAAUAUUUCAAGCAUAACAGCAGGCGGUGUUGUAAUUGCUCGCUUAACACCUUGUCGAAGAGUGCAAUUUCACAGCAGCAGAACCUAAUAUUCCUCGUUCUCCAUGAGGAUAAUCAAUCCUUCCAGGUGUAUUUUUCUGCCUUUGUUAAUAACCUGACCUGGGAAAAAUCAGCAUGUGAAAUAGUAGUUGAAAUCCUGGUGGUCUGUUUACCCCUUGAUUAUUUUUCCUCUAUCAAAGCCAUAUGAUGGGCUACAUAGAAAGUUACAAGAGUAGAGCAGGAUGGGCGAGCUUGUUAAUGGGAUCAACGUAGAGGAGUACUUCUGAUUUGAAAUGGAGUUUUCCACAUUUGCUGUAUUACACACCAAAUCCUACGCACACUAGAGCCCAACCUCAAAAUUUGAAACCACUGUAAUGGAGCAAGGUCAAAAGGCAAGUCUAGAUCAUGUAAUCCCUUUAGGUAAGGAUUAUUCCUGUACUAACCUAGAAUUGAAGAGGAUUUUCAGAACUCAAUCAUAAAUCAAUCUGCAACUAAAUACAUGUACCAGAGUUCUGCCAAGUACUGUUAGUCGGCUGUUUUGACUGACCAGUCAUGCAUCAUUCCUACAGGUAAAAAUCAGUCUUUGCAUUCUGACUUUAAUUAAACUACUUGAGCUCUCUUCUGCCAGAUCUAAUUUCUGAUAUCCAUACUCUUGGGACAGAAAUAUUCUAUGUACAGUCCUGUUCUUUUUUUUUUUCUUUGAUUGUUUUGUUUUUCCUCCGCCUCCUCUUCACAGUCUUCCAUGACUGUAAGCCAGCAAACAUGGAAAGCCAAGACGUUAUUAGGCCAAUUACAUUAUGUAAAUUUGCUACUGCUUUCAGUAGUUGAGAGCACUGUUUAUGUCAACCUCAGAGGAGGAUUCCUGCAGCCUCACCUGUCCUCCUUUGAUGUAGUUCAAGCAUGUGUCGACAUGGUAAAUUGCAGGUACUGUUGCCAGCUAGACACAACCUGGGCACCAGUGGAGUGUCAGCAAAGGCUUCCCAGUCUGACGCUACAGGUCAGACUACAAGCCAGAAAUAUCCUCUUUUCCCUCCCUGGUCUUUUUUUUAGGAAUCUUUAGUAUUUUCCAAGUGUCAGUAGGAGUACUAAUUUAUUUACUGUUUUCCAGCUUUCAACAACAAAGUACUUCUAUUUUAAGAAACCUAAUUGCAAUGAGAACCAAAAUUCCAUUUGGAAUGGUAAAUAUUUCAAGGCAAAUGCCUACGAAACUAGUUCAAAUAUCCUUGAAAAUAAAUAUGAGUAUCAAAAUACUGCUCAAGACAUGCAGCCAAACUAGAUCAUCUUAAAGCAAGGAUUCUCAUGGCAAACUCCAUUCCCUACCUGUAUUUCAGGUUUCAUUCCAGAGAAACUGUGUUCUCAUUUCUGUAUGAGUGUUCCAAGUCUAUUUCAUUUUACGUUCUUACUGAGAGAAGUACGAACACAAUCAUGGAGACCAUGGAUUUUGAGGAAGCAGCAAUUUUCUCUGCCCAGAGUGCCCUUACUUCAGGCAGCAGGAAAGAAGAACUCUUUCAAUCUCCUUGGACUAAAUGAGGCAGAAUUAGAAGAACAGUUUGUAAGAGGUGAUGGCCCAGGAGGUCAAGCCACAAAUAAGACAAACAACUGUGUUGUCUUGAAGCAUAUUCCAUCUGGGAUUGUAGUAAAGUGUCAUCAAACAAGAUCAGUGGAGCAGAACCGAAAGCUAGCCAGAGAAAUCCUGCAGGAAAAAGUUGACCUUUUCUACAAAGGUGAAGAUAGCGAUGUUUUUAAAGAGAAGAAAGCAUCAGAGAAGAAGAAGCAAGAGAAAAAAAGAAGAGCAAAGGAAAACCUAGAAAGGAAAAAGCACUUUAAAGAGAUGCAACAACUGGAUAAGAAAUAAACACAUGAAAUACUGACUUGGCCUAGUAGGGUAAGGGAAAUGUUUGUCAUUACAUCUAACACAGUUUUCAAACUAACAGAUGAUGUAGGGCUUUGUAAGCACAACGGAAAUACUGAGUAGUGACCUGCUAUUACUGUAAAACUGAAGUGAUAAAAGCAGUCGUGUACUCCUAUGUCUGUCUGCCAUCAUCUCAUUACAGGUUUUCUGCCGAGUUCAGAAGAUGAUAAACCAGUCCUUGUUAAAAAGGAACUAUAAACUUCCCACCAUUGUUAAGAGACAAAAAAAAUUGAAUAGAUCUCCUUCUCCCUGGAUGAUACCUUAUGAUGCUUUGGGGGGGUUCCAGUACACACGGAGAAUGGUCCUCAAAGGCUGUAGCUUUCCAUCCUUACUCAGGCAAUGCCUCUACUGACAUAAAUCCAUUACAGUGACCAGGUUUUGGUACUGGUUCUGAUGGCGUAAACAGACAUGCUGAUAGCAGAGACACCAGUCACUGGUUGCCUCCUCCAGAUCUGUUAGCUGAACAAACGCUCUGUCCUACUCAGUUCUGAAGGAAGUUCAAACAGAAGCUUUACACACCUUACCUGGAGUGGUGAUGAGCAUGGGGAGGAAGGCAGUCCUGCAAGUGAGGGUUGGUCUGUCAUGUUCUUCCAGUUCAAAGGUGAAAUUGGGUCAUACAGAUGAAGAACAACACAUGUUGGAAGCUGCUUCCCAAGGCAACAGAAUCCAAGUUGUGAAGUAAUUAACUUCCCUUCUUAAUAAUGCAUUUUCUUCAAGUAUCUGUACCUCCAUAUGUAUUAGAUAUCCCAGCUAUCCCAUCUUCCUUAGGGUUGAUUGUACGAUAGUGAAUUACAGUCAUUUAUUAUGUUUAUGCUGUGCUGCAGUUAAGCUCGGGCAUUUUGGUAUCUUCACUCAUUUUGACAGUUUCCCAUUUCAUGCAAAUACAUGCAGUUGCUUUUCCUUUGUUACUGUUACUUUGGAGCGGCUAGUGAAGUAUAUUUUCCUAGUUUGAUCCUGUUACAAACUCUUUAAUUGCAUAACCAGAACUUCUCUUUAA